AUGAGCAGUCGUCCACCAAGUCCCCAGCCUGGCACGUCAGGGUACCCCCUGGAGGUGAUAGUGAAUGAAGAAAGCCCAGGACCAUCAGCCCGCUGGGUAGAUCCCAGGCCCCUGCCUGAGUCCUCGGGCCUGAAGAGGAAGAGGGAGUGGUCGGAGUCUCUCCAGGAGGAGACGGAGGAGGAGACAGCCGCCAAGGCUGAGGACAGCUGGGUGGUGGAGUGGCUGUGUGGACUCAGGAUGAAGCUGAAGAAACAGCGGGUGUCCACAGUGCUGCCUGAACACCACGAGGUCUUCAACACACUGCUCGAGGAUCCUGUCGUUAAAAGAUUCCUGGCCUGGGACCGAGAUCUGUUGGUAUCUGACAAGUAUCUGCUGUCCAUGGUCAUAGCUUAUUUCAGCCGGGCUGGCCUCUUCUCCUGGCAGUACCGGAGGAUUCAUUUCUUCAUCGCUCUCUACCUGGCCAACGACAUGGAAGAGGAUAACCAGGCCCCCAAACAGGCCAUCUUUUCCUUCCUCUAUGGGAAGAACCGCGCUGAGCGCCCCUUGUUCCACAAACUGCGAUUACAGUUUGUCCGUUCCAUGGACUGGAGGAUGAGGGUCACCCGGGAAGAGUGCGAGGAGAUCCAGGCUUUUGAUCCCGAUCUCUGGGUGUGGGGCCGAGAUCGCGCCCUCCUGCCCCAGGGCUCCAGGGACCGUGGAGGCCUGAGGGAAGGAAACCUGAGGAAUCCACUUGCUGGGCCCACCGUCAGGGGCCCCCCACCCCACGUCACCCUUCCACACACCGUGCAGUCGAGCAGCCGCGCUCCGCCAGACACCGACCCAGCUGCAGCCACGAACUGA